AUGGACAUUAUAGUAGAUAGCAUGGAAUUUGUAAAUCUUGGUUUAGACUCAAAUAAAAAACCACUUCUUUUCAUUGACCUAUAUAUCCAAAACUUCCUGGCAGAACCCCUUAGGACCCUCAUCAACUCAGGAGCCACAUCAAACUUUAUCUCCCCCUCAAUCGUGGAAAAAUACAAAAUCCCAAAAACCCAACUCAAAAAUCCACAAGUUGUGAGAAUGUUAGAUGGUACUAUAUCCCAGACUGGUUGCAUUUGGCACCAGGUUCACCUCACUGUUUUGGCCAAUGGCCAUUCCCACUCCAUUCCCUUUCUUGUUUGCCCCAUUGGCAACACCCCGGCAAUUCUUGGCAUGACUUGGCUAACAACAGAAGCCCCCCUUAUUGACUGGCAACAAGGGCUAAUCACCUUCCCUGAACAAGCGCAGAUUGCCUCUGAGGAAGAAGCGGACCUAGAUCCUUUGGCAGGUCUCCCCCCUCAGUACCAUGAAUUUGCUAAAGUCUUUGGCAAAGAAGAAUUUAAGGUCCUCCCUCCACAUAGGGAGUAUGAUAUAUCCAUAGACCUUAUCCUGGAUGCCAAACUAUCCCCAGGACCCUUAUAUGGCAUGACUGAUGCUGAAUCCAAGGCGCUCAAGCAACACAUUGACAAAGAAUUAGCAACGGGCAAGAUCCGCCCCAGCACCUCUUCCACCGGCGCCCCAGUCAUGUUUGUUAAGAAGGCAGACGGAUCUCUUAGGCUGGUUGUGGAUUACCAAAAACUCAAUGACAUAACCCACAAAAACAUAUAUCCACUUCCAAGACAGGACAACCUCAUGGCAAAGUUGAGACAUGCUAAAAUAUUCACCAAGCUUGAUCUACGCUGGGGUUACAAUAACGUCAGGAUCAAGGAGGGAGAUGAAUGGAAGACAGCGUUCAAGACUAAAUACGGGCUAUUCAAAUAUCUAGUCAUGCCUUUUGGCCUUACCAAUGCCCCAGCUGCCUUCCAACACUUCAUGAACAACUUGUUUAGGGAUCUCAUUGACGUAACCGUGGUCAUCUACUUGGACAAUAUCCUGAUCUUCUCAGAGAAUCCAGAGGAACACCCCAGCCAUGUCAGGGAAGUUUUGUCAAGGUUAAUGAAGAACCAGCUGUUCUGUAAACUCUCCAAGUGUCACUUUCACAUUGCCACAGUGGAUUACUUGGGGAUUGUCAUAACCCCCGCCGGCUUCUCCAUGGAUCAGAAGAAGAUUGAGGCAGUCACGUCAUGGCCACAGCCCAAGACGGUUAAACAGGUUCAGGCUUUCCUAGGGUUUGUUAAUUAUCUCCGCCGGUUCAUCCCCAACUUUAGCUCUGUUGUGCGCCCUCUGCACAAUCUCACCAAAAAGGAAACCCCGUGGUCCUGGGGUAACCUAGAAGAAAUAGCGUUCCAGGAAUUAAAGCUCCUUGUCACCCGGUCACCCAUCCUUGUCCACUCCAACCCGGAUCUAACCUACUACCUAGAAACCAACGCAUCAGGGGUAGCCAUGGGAGCCAUACUAAGUCAACGAGGGGAGGAUAACCGGCUCCAUCCAAUUGCAUAUAUGUCUAAGUCCUUCUCAGGCACCAAAGCAAACUAUGAUACGCACAACAAGGAGCUAUUAGCAAUCAUUAAGGCGUUGGAGGAAUGGCAAAUUUUCCUAGAAGCAACAGAUAGACCAAUCCAGGUCUUCACAGAUCAUAGAAACCUGGAAUAUUGGAAACAGGCACAAACCUUUAACCGGAGACACGCAAGAUGGCGCAUCUUCCUGAGUGACUUCAAUUUUGAAAUACACUAUUGCCCAGGAAAGCAGUCAGGAAAACCAGAUGCACUAUCCAGAAGGUCCAAUUACAUGGAUACGCCCCCAAAUCUGGAAGUCAUGUUACCAGUGGAAGUAUUUGCCAACACGUUGGAAGAAGAACUUGAGAUUGUCACAGAAAUCUGCACUAAACUCAGGGAUGAUCUGUCACUUGAACCCAUCAUCAAGUUCCUCACAGAAGACGCAAACAACGCACCCCCAUCAAUCCAAAAAGCCUACAGGGAAUAUGACUGGGAGGAAGACCUAUUGUGGUACCGCGGAAAGUUGGUGGUUCCAGACUCAGAAACCACAAAAAACCAACUACUCAGGGAAUUCCACGACUCACCGCUGGCAGGACACCCUGGGCAACAACGUACCCUUGAACUACUAAGUUGCAACUACUGGUGGCCAGGAAUGAAGUCUUCUGCCAAGGAGUGGGUAGAGUGCUGCCCCGUAUGCCAAGCCAACCGGAGACCCCAUGCACCGGUCAUUGCGCUGAAACCCUUGGAAGUUCCCCCGUUCCCAUUCCAUACCAUCUCGUACAAUUUCAUCACUGGUUUUCCCAAGUCACAGGGCCACAACGCUAUCUUAGUGGUAAUUGAUUCAUUCUCCAAGUUUGGGCAUUUCAUCCCCACCUCCAAGAAAGUUACUGCCAAAGGCCUGGCAGAUCUAUUCAUCACCCAUGUAUGGAAACUCCACGGAUUACCGGUCAAGACAAUCUCUGACCAAGGAACCACUUUCACCGGGAAAUUCCUAAGGGCCCUUUACCAGCGGCUUGGAGUCAAACCAGCCUUCUCCUCUGCGUACCACCCCAAAUCAGACAGACAGACAGAAAGGGUAAACCAGUUCAUUGAGUUUUACCUACGCUCCUACGUAACCGCGGAUCAUUUGGAUUGGGCCACUUGGCUACCUUUGGCUGAAUACGCAUACAACAAUGCCAAACAUGCAGCAACUGGGAAAACGCCUUUUGAACUCGUCUAUGGGCGAAACCCAAUAAUGAACCCUUCCAACAUCCCAGCCAACGUCCCAGAGGCAGAUGCAGUAGCAGAUACAUUAGCCCAAGAAUGGAAAGAAGCCAAAUCAGCCCUCAGGAUGAGCAAAGAACGGAUGACCAGGGAAAAAGGAACAAUACCAGAAUAUUAA